AUGACUCGAGUAAAGAUUGCAAUUCUCGACGUUUCCGAUCACGUCCAACUCUUUGAAGACGAUCUAUUCAAAAAGUACAUGUUCACCGAUGAUAUUUCCGAGUGCACUUCGUAUCAUGUUGCUAAAAAUCAGUGGCCAUCCGAAACUCUAAAUUCUCAUCAAAUUGUUCAAUUUAUUGUACAAAAUUAUGAUGCUGUAUUAAUUCCUGGUAGUGAGGAUUGUUGUAUGGAUGAUUCUCUGUGCUACAUUGAAGUUCUAUGUAAUGUUAUUAGAGAAUUAAUUGAUCGGGAUUUUCCAAUAUUUGCUGUUUGCUUUGGUGCACAAGCAGUUUCGAGAGCCUUGAAUGGAAAUGAUGGAGUUUCCAAGUUGAAGAAUUUGAAUGAGAAACCAGAGUUUGGAAUUGUUUUAAUUGAUUUUGUGGAUGAGGAUGCAAGAGGGAAUUUGCUGUUCAGAGGAAUUGAGAAGGGUUUCUAUUCAUCCUCUUCACAUUCAGAUUGUUUCUUAUUGAAUGAAAAGUGUGAGCAUUUACUCAAAUCAAGACAUUGGAAGAAUCAAGCUUAUCAAGUUAAGGAUAAAUUAACAUUUGGCUUACAAUUUCAUCCAGAGAUGGAUCUUGUCACAUCAGAAGAAAUAUUCAAGACUCUUAAAGAUAUUCCAGUUCUUUAUGAUGACAAUGAAAAACAGGUAGAUAUGACUGUUGGUAAAAUUAUGGCUAAAAACUUUUGUGAAAUGGUUAUCAAGCACAAAGAAACAAAAUUGUAG